CCCCUGUUCAAGUGUCACGCAGCUGCGCACCUCUCUCCCAGUCGCCGUUGUUUCAUUUGCGCCAUUUUGUCCGCUCACUUUGUUGAUUGGGUUUUAGCAAGCUGUACUGGAGCCAAUCAGAGGGAAACCGGACAGCGAAGAUACGGUUUUUCAUUGUAAAAAGCUAUGGAGCAGUACACCACUGCCACCACUACUACUGGAGAGCAGAUUGUUGUGCAGACUGCCAAUGGACAGAUCCAGCAGCAGACACAGGGCACAGUGACGGCUGUGCAGCUGCAAACAGAGGCACCAGUGGUGACGGCCUCAGGCCAGCAGGUGCAGACACUCCAGGUUCAGGGGCAGCCCCUGAUGGUUCAGGUGAGUGGUGGACAGCUCAUCACAUCAUCGGGGCAACCAAUCAUGGUGCAGGCCAUGUCAGGGGGUCAGGGUCAAACCAUAAUGCAGGUCCCUGUAUCAGGAGCUCAGGGCCUACAGCAGAUCCAGCUGGUGCAGCCAGGUCAAAUCCAAUUGCAAGGUGGUCAGACUCUGCAGCUGCAGGGCCAGCAGGGUCAGCCUCAGCAGAUCAUCAUCCAGCAGCCCCAGACAGGCAUCACAGCUGGACAGAACCAAGGGCAGCAGAUCAGUGUGCAGGGCCAACAAGUGGCACAGACAGCUGAUGGACAGACCAUCGUCUACCAGCCUGUUAAUGCAGAUGGUACUGUCUUGCAGCAGGGAAUGAUCACAAUUCCAGCUGCCAGCUUGGCUGGUGCCCAGAUAGUGCAAGCAGGGGGUGCCAACACCAACACCACCAACAGCGGCCAAGGCACUGUGACCGUCACCCUGCCCGUCUCUGGCAACAUGGUCAAUGCAGGUGGAAUGGUCAUGGUAAGACCCUGUGCAGAGAUGGUGCCUGGAGGUGGCGGAGUUCCCACAAUGCAGCGAAUCCCAUUGCCGGGGGCUGAAAUGCUUGAGGAAGAGCCACUGUAUGUCAACGCCAAACAGUACCAUCGCAUCCUGAAGAGAAGACAGGCUCGCGCCAAGCUGGAGGCAGAGGGCAAGAUUCCCAAGGAAAGGAGGAAAUAUCUACACGAGUCUCGCCAUCGUCAUGCUAUGCAGCGUAAGCGGGGCGAUGGAGGCCGCUUCUUUUCCCCUAAGGACAAGGAGGUGGCUCUGGGACUAGCACAGCCGCAGGACGUAGUCCAGACAGGAGCAGAUGAGACAGUGGCUCAGAUGAUCCGAGUUUCAUAGCACUGUCACUGACAUCAUCACUUCUUUCUGAACUCUGCCCUGCCUGAGACUCUUCAUUGCAGCUGACCUCCUGCCACCACUUUUCCUUUCAUCUGUACUCCCUCCUGCUCACCACCAUACACCAAACCACAGGACUGCCACUGGGCUUUUUCUGUUGUCUCUCUACUCCUACACUGGUCUUCCAGGGAGCUGGCUGUGUGGCUGCUGAGUCUAUGGACUUUUCUGGUCAUUUUCGUCCAAAAAAAAAAAAGGAUGUUGUCAUGCUCACCUUUUUUGGUUGAGCGUGAAGGACCAGCUUUUAAUUUCCACAAGCAUUUAUUUUGACAAUAAUGAAGCUUGUGACAGGAAACGACAACCAUGAAGCCAUACUCUUGUCAGAUCCUGGUCUGUUUAAAAAUAUGAGAUUUUGUCACCAGUGAAUGCUAUUUGGUUUAAAUAUUUUUUUGUAAAUGGUACCAAUUGUGUUUUGUUUUGUUUUUUGUUUUUAAGAGAUGUUCCUUAUUCACUUAGGCUACACUGCGGUCCUUUAUAUAAUCUUUGUGAUCGCCCUUAUUUUGAAAUUUUGUCUUUUAAACCCACGUACCGUGGGGGUGGUCUCAGCAUGCCCUGUGCUCACUGAGCAAAAACUGAAAUGUAAUACUAAUGCGAAGAUUUUGUACAGUCAUUACUUCUGCAGUGUGUUUGGAUACACCUACUGAUUUGCCCAGUUCUGUGGAUGCAUUUUACACGUUAGUAGUUAUUGUGUGUUGGAAAAAACUUCAGUGUUGCAUCACCUUACACAAACUAUCCACAUAGUUACUUCAUUGUUCAGUCCAGCUUGGUGUUUUUUUUUUUUCUUUAUUGAGAAUUGUUUUUACCUGUCAGAUGCAGUCCUGCAAUGUUAUUUUUUUAAAUAGUACUCUGACCUUGUAUUCAUGAAACUUCUGUCAAUUAAAUUUUAUUAAGUGACUCAAGGUUAUAAGUGGAUGCAUUUUUUUUUUUUUUUUUUAACUCCCUCGUGUAGAGUUUCGAUUUAUUUACAGUGUCCCCUGAGACUUAGCUGAUGCCAUGUAAUUUUGUUUCCAUUAUAAUACAUGGGGUGAAUUUUUUUUCUCACAACUAUGUUCAUUAGAAACCAUUUUUUCUUGUGGCAUGAGUCAAAUUGUCAGAUAUUUUGAACAAAGUAACAUACAUUUCAAUUUUUGAUAAAGAUUAUUAAAAUUCUGUCAAGUG